UAUCCUGUAUUGGAACAAAGAUGUCUCUUGACCAAGACCAGCAGCAAUGCAAGCAAGGCAUCACCCUGCCGCCGGCACUCUGUAAAGGAAACCCGAAAGAGUGCCCAGAAAUUGUGCCAUGUCCAGAGCCGGUGAAAUGUCCUGAGCCAAUACCAUGUUGCCCAGAGAAGCCACCAUGCAAGGAACCCUCACUCCCAGUUCCUCUUCCAUGCCCUGAGCCAAUACCGUGUCCGCAACAGAAGCAAGAGUGCAAGUUGCCCCCAGUCCCAGUUCCUUCUCCAUGCCCUGAGCCAAUACCAUGUUGUCCAGAGAAGCCACCAUGCAAGGAACCCUCACUCCCAGUUCCUCUUCCAUGCCCUGAGCCAAUACCGUGUCCUCAACAGAAGCAAGAGUGCAAGUUGCCCCCAGUCCCAGUUCCUUCUCCAUGCCCUGAGCCAAUACCGUGUUGCCCAGAGAAGCCACCAUGCAAGGAACCACCAGUCCCAGUACCUACUCCAUGCCCUGAGCCAAUACCAUGUCCUCAACAGAAGCAAGAGUGCAAGUUGCCCCCAGUCCCAGUUCCUACUCCAUGCCCUGAGCCAAUACCAUGUUGCCCAGAGAAGCCGCAGUGCAAGGAACCACUAGUCCCAGUACCUCUUCCAUGCCCUGAGCCAAUACCGUGUUGCCCAGAGAAGCCACCAUGCAAGGAACCCUCACUCCCAGUUCCUCUUCCAUGCCCUGAGCCAAUACCAUGUCCGCAACAGAAGCAAGAGUGCAAGUUGCCCCCAGUCCCAGUUCCUUCUCCAUGCCCUGAGCCAAUACCGUGUUGCCCAGAGAAGCCACCAUGCAAGGAACCCUCACUCCCAGUUCCUCUUCCAUGCCCUGAGCCAAUACCAUGUCCGCAACAGAAGCAAGAGUGCAAGUUGCCCCCAGUCCCAGUUCCUACUCCAUGCCCUGAGCCAGUGAAAUGCCCACCUUGUGUGAAGACGUGCCCACCCAUUGAACAGCAACAAUGCAAGCAGCAAUGCCAGUUGCCACCCAAUUGGAAGUAACCUGCAAAUAACAUGGAACGUCAUGGAACAAAAAGCAGAGUGCAAACUCAUGGCACUGAUUCCUGUGGCUUCUCCUCGUUCAUCUUACCUCAUCCCCUCAUUUCUUUAAGGGUACUCUGUUCAGAUGCACAUCUUCCUACCCAUGUGUUAAUUCUAUGGUUUGAUACAGUACGAUAGUUCUGCUAAUAAGUGACAAGGUGUUUCUAGCUUUUUUUUUGAUGCGCUGCUAGAAAAAGGUACUUCCGAUAGAAAUUGUAUAAAAGAUGCUUUGAAGAUCUAAAAUCAUUCUUCUCUCCUCCUUCUUUUGAACCUCACAGAGCUGAAGCAGGUGACGCUGAGGGAGGUUGGAACCAGGACUGCCUAAGCUGAUGUUUAAACUUGACAACAGUUAGGCAGCCGGUUAGCCAAGACCACUGUCCUUCAUGAUGACUGGUACUGUCUCAUUGUUUUCUUGUGCUCCCCCAGCUGUCUGUCUGGAUCCAUGUGCUGUCCAUUGUCAUAUACUUACAUUGUAAGCUCCUUGGGGCAGAGACAGGCUUUUAGUUCUGUGUUUGUACAGUGCCUAGCACCAUGGAGUCCUGACCCCUGACUGAGGCUCCGAGGCAUUACCACAAUACAAAUAAUAAAUUAUAAUAAUGCCUGGACUAGAACAGAGGAUUUUCCAGACAUUACAAAUUCACAGUCCUAAAUUUCUCAUCUAAUGGAAAUUACACCAGAAUAGAUAAGGCACAAAGAUUCCUAUGUUGACCUCUAGUCCCAUAAGAAAUCUACUUUAUUGAAUUGCAAGUCCCCUCCAUUAAAAAAAAGUCCCACAACUUCAGAGCCAUUUGUCCACGAAUAAGUUAUAUCAACUUUUCCAAGACACCAAAACAACAACUCAACCUGCAAGCAGUGAGGG